AUGAUUUUGGAGGGAUAUCUUCCUAUCACUGAAGAGUCUUCACAUCAAUAUCCAUCUAAUUUAAAAUCUCUUAGAGAAAAUUAUGGAAAAAUUUUAAGAGAGCUUUCAACACCAUCAAUUGCGCAAAUAACAGAUGAAAUUAUAAAACCCAAAAGUGAAGAAAAUGAGAUCAAAUAA